AUGAGAUCCUCAACCUUAUCGAUCUUGCUUUUAUGCAUUUUGGGAGCUUCCAUCGCUCAAAAUCUUAAUGACGCCAAUUAAGAUAUUCUUUAAUAAGUUAUCAAUGGUUUCUACGAAUAAAAUAAGUUAGCUGACCCCAGUACUAUCGUUCCCUGCAUUGAUUCUACUACUGCUGCCAAUAUUGUUGCUUUAGUACCUUAAGUCUUAAAGAAGGCCUCAAGCAUUCUUACUAUCGCUUAAGUCCCCGCUUUAGUCGAAAAUUUCGUCAAAACUUUGAACCCUGCUGUUGGUGAAUGCCUCAAGGAUAACAAAGAAGUUGCUGAACUCGCCACUGUCUUUGAUGUCUCUAAAAUUACCUAACAAGCUGCUAUUAACUGGGCUACUGGUCACGCUAGUACCGUUACUGGUGAAGCUUCCACCCUCAACAAGUUAUGGUCCGGUGCUUAAUAUAACUAAUUUGGUAAUAACGCCUCCAGUUUCGCUCAUACUGUUAUUGACUAAAUCUCUGGUAAAUCAGUUUCUGAAUCUAACGAUGCUAACCAAGAUAUUAUCUAACAAGUCAUUAACGGAUUCUAUGAAUAAAAUAAGUUAGCUGACCCCACCACUAUUGUUCCCUGCAUUGAUACUACUACUGCUGCCAAUAUCGUAGCUUUAGUACCUUAAGUCUUAAAGAAGGCCUCAAGCAUUCUUACUAUUGCUUAAGUCGCCACUUUAGUCGAAAAUUUCGUCAAAACUUUGAACCCUGCUGUUGGUGAAUGCCUCAAGGAUAACAAAGAAGUUGCUGAACUCGCCACUGUCUUUGAUGUCUCUAAAAUUACCUAACAAGCUGCUAUUAACUGGGCUACUGGUCACGCUAGUACCGUUACUGGUGAAGCUACCACCCUCAACAAGUUAUGGUCUAGUGCUUAAUACAACUAAUUAGGAAACAACGCUUCCAGCUUUGCUCAUACUGUUAUUAACCAAAUCUCUGGUAACUCAGUUUCUGAAUCUAACGAUGCUAACCAAGAUAUUAUCUAACAAGUCAUUAACGGAUUCUAUGAAUAAAAUAAGUUAGCUGACCCCACCACUAUUGUUCCCUGCAUUGAUACUACUACUGCUGCCAAUAUCGUAGCUUUAGUACCUUAAGUCUUAAAGAAGGCCUCAAGCAUUCUUACUAUCGCUUAAGUCGCCACUUUAGUCGAAAAUUUCGUCAAAACUUUGAACCCUGCUGUUGGUGAAUGCCUCAAGGAUAAUAAAGAAGUUGCUGAACUCGCCACUGUCUUUGAUGUCUCUAAAAUUACCUAACAAGCUGCUAUUAACUGGGCUACUGGUCACGCUAGUACCGUUACUGGUGAAGCUACCACCCUCAACAAGUUAUGGUCCAGUGCUUAAUACAACUAAUUAGGAAACAACGCUUCCAGCUUUGCUCAUACUGUCAUUAACCAAAUCUCUGGUAAUGCUAAUGACAUCAAUGCUACCAAUCAAUAAAUCUUACAAGAUUUCUACAAUGGUCUCUACUAACAAUAAGGUUUACCCAACCCUACCUUUACCGUCUGCUACCCUGAUGCUGCUGCUGCUGACUUCGUCAAUUUCGCUCCUGGCUUCUUGAAGAAGGGUUCAUCUAUUCUUACUAUUAAUGCUGCCUUCACUGAUUUACAAAAGUUCACUGAAGACUAAGCUGCUAAGUAUCCUUAAAUCGGUGAAUGCUCAAAGAACUACGCUUCUGAAUUACAAGCUUUAUCUGAUGCUUUGGGAGUUAAGAAUCCUGCUACAGUUUAAGAUACUAUCAAGAAUUACAUUACUGCUAACCUUUCUUCCACCACUAAGGCUUUCGGUGAUGCUAACAACUCCUGGAAGGGAUCUAACUACGUUUAAUCUGGUAAAUAAGUUUCUGCUUGGGUUAAGUUGGCUCUUGCUAAAAACUAAAUGACUGAAGAAGAAGUUAAUGCUACUAACUAAUAAAUCUUACAAGAUUUCUACAACGGUCUCUACUAACAAUAAGGUUUACCCAACCCUACCUUCGUUACCGUCUGCUACCCUGAUGCUGCUGCUGCUGACUUCGUCAAUUUCGCUCCUGGCUUCUUGAAGAAGGGUUCAUCUAUCCUUACUAUUAAUGCUGCCUUCACUGAUUUACAAAAGUUCACUGAAGACUAAGCUGCUAAGUAUCCUUAAAUCGGUGAAUGCUCAAAGAACUACGCUUCUGAAUUACAAGCUUUAUCUGAUGCUUUGGGUGUUAAGAAUCCUGCUACAGUUUAAGAUACUAUCAAGAAUUACAUUACUGCUAACCUUUCUUCCACCACUAAGGCUUUCGGUGAUGCUAAUAACUCCUGGAAGGGAUCUAACUACGUUUAAUCUGGUAAAUAAGUUUCUGCUUGGGUUAAGUUGGCUCUUGCUAAGAACGCUUUUAGCGAAGAUUAAUAAAUAAUGUUUUGA